AUGGCUAUCUUUCACCUUCUACUGUUUGCAAACGUCGCCCUGCCACUGCAGGCACUGACGCUGGAGAAUGCCGUAGAUGAGGCACUGCUCAGGCGUGCUGGUCAUGGCGCUGCAGGGGAAGAAGCCGACAGUCGCAGUGGUAUGGUAGACCUCCAGUACCUCUUAGAUCAACACGCCGCGUCGGAGACCGAGCUCCAUGCCCGUGCGGCCAAGACGUGGCGCAAGUAUGCUAGCCAGCUGGCCGAUAGUGGGUGCAGCUAUCAAGGGGGCAUGCUGCCUUGUCCCAAUGGCAACAUCUGUUAUUACACAGGGCAGGGAGGUUUGAACGUGACGGCCACAGUGGAGUAUCGUGGGAACAUCAUCAAGACAGUCCUAACCCCCGACCCAGAUGCUGCAGUGGACAUGCCAGAAAUCGUGACGUUUAUGGGGGCUGGCACCGACGAUGCCCCUGCAAUGUUGAUGGACGUGCCAGCGGAAUACCGCAGAACAGCGAUCCCUGUGAUGCUGAAGAUGUUUUUCGUGGAGGACACUGAUAAUGUUACUGAGCAAUGCCCUCAUGACAGUGAGCGCAUGGAGUCCGUAGGGAACAGCACCGCGUCGUUCACGGUUGAGAACAACACGUUCGCAGUUUCAUCGCAAAGUCCGAACACGUUCAUGGGCAUGGCCUUCGAUUUCGUCAGCGAGGCACCCGUGGGUCACACCUUGGCCUUUGAGAUCCCUUCCGGGACGGAGAUCGUCUGGGUGAGCCGUGAAGAGAUGGUCGAGGUGCUCCAAUCGCAGGAGAUGCCGGCUUCCCUCGAGAGGCGCUUAGAGGCGCAGUUACGCAAAGCUUCUUUGGCCAAAGGGAUGGACGUCGCGCUCACGGAGAAAGGAAGCAGGCGGCGCAGGCGGCGCAGGGCGAGGUGCACAGGUGGACAGAUUGGGUCCAUGGCAGGAGGUGCCGCCGCCAUUGGCCUCGGCUUUUUGAUCUGCGCGUUUACUUUCAUAGGCUGCUUCACGGCGGCGCCGUUCUUGGUGAUGGCCGGGGGAUUCAUGGUGAAAAGCGGUGCUUGCCAAUGUUGGGCUAACGGUAAUGCUGGGCGGGCCGCCUGCGCGCUUCGGUGA